GUUUUCACCACGACCGCGACGGUCAAAACUUGGAGUUGGAGUAUUGGGUUAGUGUUGUUCAAGUCUCUGUUUUGACCAAAACAACAACAACAACAACAAGAGAGAGAACACAAGAGAAGAGAAGAGAAGAGAAGAGAAGAAGAUUCUGCUUCUGACAACACUCACUCUUUGCUUCUCUUAGCUGCAAUUCUUCACCGAUCCACUGAAGCCAUUCUCUUCCAAACGCAUUCAACUUCUCAAGAUCUCUGCUACUGAUUUGGUGACCUGAGCAGAGUUGAUGGACUGGAGCUGUAAAGGUGAUCAGAAUUGGUAUAAUCAAAAUUUGUGCAUUGACCAUAACAUUCCUGUGAAUUGAAGGCUAGGUCUUGAGUUGCUGUUUCUUUGUUAUAUGAACACCUCAGCAGAAUGAAGUGAGGUUUACUUCAAGUUGCAUGGUGUAUUGUAUGGACAUUGUGUACAUAGAGUGAAAAUUGAAAACUAUAGACUUACUACAAGCAAUUGAAUAUAGUAUGGGUGGUAUUUGCUCGAGGUCGUGGAAAGCCACUGUGGAUGGUGUAGCUGUAGAUAAUGCACUUGAUGGAAGCUCGAGGAAUGCUAAUGGCCAUGCUAAUAAUGAGCCUGGAACGACUUAUCAGACUGGACAUAUAAAUAGCAACUCGAAUCUGCGUCCUAUUGACGAUGAAUCGGAUAAGCAUCAACGAGAAUCGUUUUCAUUCUCUGCAUUGGAUAAGGUUUCAUAUGGGACUAGUGGUGAUGAUAUCAAUGAUGGCAUUCCUAGCUUGUCCAGGGCGUUAUCACAUAAAUCUAGAUCAACUAGGUCAAGGCAAGCUGCUGUCAAGGUAUCAGAAGUGAGUUCACUUUUGGGCAGAGCUGGUACAGCUGGACUUGGCAAGGCAGUAGAAGUUUUGGACACAUUAGGAAGUAGUAUGACAAAUUUGAAUCUCAGUAGUGGCUUUACAUCAGGCGUGGCAACAAAAGGAAAUAAAAUUUCAAUUUUGGCCUUCGAAGUUGCAAACACAAUUGUUAAGGGUGCCAAUCUGAUGCAAUCUCUUUCACAAGAGAACAUUAAACAUUUAAAAGAGGUGGUUCUACCAUCUGAAGGAGUGCAAAAUUUGAUAUCCAGAGAUAUGAAUGAACUCCUACGUAUUGCUGCAGCAGACAAGAGAGAAGAAUUGAAAAUAUUUUCUGGUGAAGUUGUACGAUUUGGAAAUCGUUGUAAAGAUCCUCAGUGGCACAACCUGGAUCGCUAUUUUGAGAAAUUAGGCUCAGAGCUGACACCACAAAAGCAAUUGAAAGAGGAAGCAGAGGUUGUGAUGCAACAACUAAUGACCUAUGUUCAAUAUACAGCGGAAUUAUAUCAUGAAUUGCAUGCCUUAGACAGGUUUGAUCAAGAUUAUCGGCGCAAGCUUCAAGAAGAGGACAAUUCAAAUGCCACACAAAGAGGAGACAGCCUUGCAAUUUUAAGAUCAGAACUGAAGAGUCAAAAGAAGCAUGUAAGAAAUUUGAAGAAAAAAUCACUGUGGUCCAAAAUUUUGGAAGAGGUGAUGGAAAAGUUCGUAGACGUUGUCAAUUUUCUGUAUUUGGAGAUACAUGAAGCAUUUGGUAGUGCUGACCCUGAUAAGCAAGUGAAAGAUUCUCAAGGAAACCAUAAGAAGUUGGGAUCUGCUGGUCUUGCUUUGCAUUAUGCAAACAUUAUCACUCAAAUUGAUACUCUGGUGUCUCGAUCAAGUUCUGUGCCUCCUAAUACGAGGGAUACUUUAUAUCAAGGGCUGCCACCUAAUGUAAAAUCAGCAUUGCGUACGAGGUUACAGUCAUUUCAGGUCAAAGAAGAGCUUACUGUCCAACAGAUCAAAGCUGAAAUGGAGAAAACAUUGCAGUGGCUUGUUCCUAUUGCCACCAACACAACGAAAGCUCAUCAUGGCUUUGGAUGGGUUGGAGAAUGGGCAAAUACAGGGUCUGACGUCAACCGUAAACCCGCUGGCCAAACCGACUUGUUGAGAAUUGAAACGCUCCACCACGCUGACAAUGAAAAAACUGAAGCUUACAUACUUGAACUUGUUGUCUGGCUCCAUCACCUAGUCAGCCAAGUGAGAGUUGGUAAUGGAGGAAUAAGGUCACCAGCCAAAUCGCCAAUCCGUUCUCCCACUCAGAAGACAGGGCAGUUAUUCACACACAAAGGUUGCUCUACUUCUCCCAUGUUAACAUUUGAAGAUCAGCAAAUGCUUCGCGAUGUCAGCAAGAGGAAACUAACACCAGGCAUCAGUAAGAGCCAGGAAUUCAGCACUGCCAAGACUAGGUUGAGCAAACACCAUAGGCUUAGCAAGAGUAGUAGUCAUUCCCCAAUCAGUGAAAGCAAAAAUGACAUGUUCUCUACAAGGAGGGUGCUGCCUUCUGUUCCUGUCAUUGACUUUGAUAUUGACCGAAUGAAGGCCUUGGAUGUCAUUGAUAGGGUGGAUACCAUUGGAAGUUCUUGAUCUUGAAGACAAUUGGGGAAUGCUAUGAUUCAAUGAAUCUGUUUCCCUUCUUCAAGUUGUGUGAUCCCCUUUGUUCCUUGUGAGCUGUUAGAAGUGUUAUGAUGUAAGCCAUAGUCUUUUUGAGAUUGUUGUAGAUGAUUAUGGGAUAGGGAUAAGGGGUCACAAUUUUCUUAGAUAUGCAUAUGUACAGAUUUACAUGGUCAUAUAAUGUUUUUUUACCUUCCCUUUUA